AGUCAUCGUGGAUUUGUUCGCCGGCUCAGUCGCGUUCGGCGCGUCGUACAAGCAAGUGUGUUCUUAUUUGUUCUUACCCCAUUUCCAACUUUCUUUACAUAGCAUUUUCCCAACUCUUUGUCCAUACUCCGUCCAUUAUUAUUUCCGUCUCGACAAGGAAUCGUUUCUUGCGAUUUUUUAUAUUUUUGACGAAACGGCAGUCCGCGAAAAAAAAAAGCGUAAUCAAAAGGAUAAUCAAAAAUGCAUCGAACUUAAAAAAACCAGCCCAAGGAUUCUCAUUAAAGAGUCGUCGAAAACAGUGUCCGGAAGAAUGUUCGAGGAUCACGACUCUCGGCAGUAAUCGCAAAUCCAGUGAAAUCGAUCCGAGGUGAAUCAAAUCGUUCUUGUGCCAGACAAGGUGAAACGAAAUGAAGUCGUCGGAUGCUUAGUUAAAAUUCGUGAGAAGCCAUGAAUUUUUUAUGGCCAAAUCACCGAGUAAAAAACUUGAAAAUCGCGAAAUAACCGCGGUGAAGACGAACAAAGGACGAAAUGUUCGUGGAAGAAAUCGUGAAUAGGACCGAUGAUAAUCACACGUUCCAGAAAGAGGGAUCAAUUUGGAAUUUUACGGAUUAUCCGAAUAUCAACGACACGCUGCUAGAUGCGAACGCGAAGAUCGACUCUUUCUACUUCUACAAGGAAUGCGCGGUCGCGUUGAAAGAAUGAAGAAUGGAGGGAGAAGAAGCGAAGGAGGAAGAAGAGGGUCAUUGACGUGAUGCUGGAAAAAGGCGGGCGAUAAAAUUAAGCUCUUGCGAGUCAUUUUCAUUCGAAAAAUGACGGAACAAUUCACGGUCUUGUGAUAGUCGUGGGUAAUAUCGCGGUCCUAAUUGGCCUCCAAUGGGGCAAACGGCGUAAAACGCGGAUGGAUUUUUUUAUCAAACAAUUAGCGUUUGCUGAUUUAUUGGUGGGCUUGAUAUCCGUGCUAACAGAUAUAAUUUGGAAAACGACGGUGUCUUGGCAUGCGGGUAACGUUGCUUGCAAGCUGAUAAGGUUCAUGCAAGCUGUCGUUACGUAUAGCUCGACAUACGUGCUCGUCGCUUUGUCAAUCGACAGAUACGACGCCAUUACGAGACCUAUGAAUUUCAGUGGCAGAUGGUGGAGAGCCAGAGCCUUGGUGAUAAGUGCCUGGGGAUUAUCGGCAUUGUUUAGCGCGCCGAUUAUUUUCCUCUACGAAGAGAAGCGUGUGGAGGGGAAGACACAAUGCUGGAUAGACCUGGGCUCGCCUACGCAGUGGAGGAUCUACAUGAGCUUGGUCAGCUUCACCCUCUUUAUAGCCCCUACCCUGAUAAUAGGGGGCUGUUAUGCUGUGAUCGUGGCCACUAUAUGGUCACAAGGGGGGGCAUUACGCCAGGGACCCACUAGGGACACCAGGAGGGUAUCGUCUCGAGGACUUAUCCCUAGAGCCAAAGUUAAGACGGUCAAAAUGACCCUCGUUAUAGUGUUCGUAUUCAUUCUUUGUUGGAGCCCUUAUAUAGUGUUCGAUCUCCUUCAAGUUUUCGGAUAUCUGCCAAAGACCCAAACUGUCGUCGCCGUUGCCACUUUCAUUCAAAGUUUAACGACUCUGAAUUCAGCUGCUAAUCCAAUAAUAUAUUGUCUCUUCAGCACGUCGUUUUGUAAAAUUGUAAGAAAUACACAAGUGAUAUCAUGGGUUUCUGGAUGGUGUGCGACGAACCCACAUCAUUGUUUCGGCACUGGUGCUCCAAACAGUAGUACAAGGACGACAGUGACGACAUCUUUAACGGCUCAAUCUUCGAGAAGAAGCGGUCAUAUCGCCAUGUUACAUUCUAGGAAACGAGUUAUGGUGUCACUGGUGUAAGAAAUGAACGAUGAAAAAGAAACCUGAUCGCGUUUUCUUGAGUGAGAUACAUCUUAAAUCUGCAUAGAAUUCUUUCAUCGAAAAAUUGCUCCUUUUGAGCUUCGACAAAGAGACUACGAGUAUUGUUAUGUCACCAAAAUUAUCAAUGCUUCGUCUAUCUUAUAGACGUGGAUUUCUGAAAUUUUCUUUUCGAUUCUUUUAUCCAUUCUUUUUUCUGUCUCAGGUAUACGAAAAAUUACGAAAAGAGAUUGGAACUCUCUGUUACAGUACAAACUAUAUCUUAAUAUCAGUGCUGUUUAGCCUGCCAUUUUGCAGAUAAA